AUGACGCGCGUUUACAACAUCACCACAAUACAAUUUGCCAUCAAUAUUCAAAAUGGCCAGUGUAAUUCGACGUCCAUUUACAAUGCAGUCUAUAAUGAAUUAGACAAGUUGAAAAUUGACAAGACGCGUUUGGCAAAUGCAAUUAAUACCGUUGCUCAAACAAAUACAGGACGGGAUCUUUCUGAAAUAUUCAACGAACCAACCCAUUUUGACAGUGAAACAUUUGAGGACGGCGCUGUGUUAAUAUCGCGGAGGCUAACUGCAGCGGUGUCAAGUAUGGGGAUUAAGGAUUAUGAAACGGCGAGGGAAUCGUUUGGUGCGUUGCUGCAUACCGUUCAAGACUUUUAUAGCCAUUCGAACUGGAUUGAAAUUGGCUAUCGAGUACCAAAUAACGGCAUGGGUAAAUACCAAAUUCUCGGCAAGUAUGCAUCGAAAGGAAUGCGAACAUGUGUCGAUUGUACGGGUGAUGCAUGUCGCACGAAUGUCAACCCAUCUAUUAUUAAAGAUGAUGUACUGACCAGUGGUUACUUUGGACUGAAAGUGAUUGGUCAGAUAUUUAAUCCCGGGAAAAAACCAGUGGGAAAAUGUAGUCACGGUGGAUUUGCCGACUACACUGUCAACAUGGACGCUACAGGAGCUGGGAUGAACAAAGAUAACCUGAAAGCCGCUCAUGGUUAUCUACACUACAUAGCAGCGUCUGUCGCAUACAAUGCUACAAUACAAAUACUGAAUGAAUUUUGGACAAUGAUUGGCGAUGAAUCGUUCGGACAGUUUCUUGGCUUGUCGGCUAACCUGAAGAAUCUAGCAUACAAUAGUUUGGUUAUCGUUAUGAACACCGGUGGUGGUAUGGGACUGUACACUGACAUGGCAAAGAAGAUAGCCACUGGCAUUGCUGAUAUUCAAGAUACCCUAGAAUAUAAGCCGAACAAUUAUAUUCUUUCUCUAUUUAAUGAUUCAACAUGGGGAUCACCGACAUCGAGUGAAAGCCUGGACCAGUUUACAACCGAAAUUAGUAAGUUGUCAGCGUAUGACGGUGGCAAUCAGCCCGUAUUAUAUUAUCAUGGAGUUGUUGAAGCACUCAAAGUGUGUGAAAUCGGAUCGUUUAUGUACGUCUUCACCGAUGCUCCAGCAAAAGAUGCCUAUUUGAAAAGUCAAGCUGUACAGAUAGCAAAACAGAAACGUGUCACAGUUACAUUAUUUUAUUCGAAACAACUUUCUUCGAAACAGCAGACCGAUCGUGUGCAAGUUAACACUGACGAUGUGGAUGGUAGCGAAAAUGUAAACGGUAGCGACUCUGGCGAAUUACCAGCGGUAACUGGUGGUGUUACAAUUGGUGUCAAUUUCCAGACACUCAAUGCCACAAAAGACUACAUCAUUCAACGUCUUAACGCAAGUAAACUUACACUGAUUAUUCUUUCUAAAGGGUUUAAUACGGCUUUUACGUUUUACACUGAUUUAUCGAUCCAGUCACUUCUAAUCGAAGUGACGUCGAGUACAGAGUUUUCGAGUACCAAUUUUCUGCUGAUUAAACCUUCGGGAGACGUACUUUCAUUAACACCGACAUCUCAAACGCCUUAUAUUCUCGUGUACACGGUGCCAGUUGCAAGCAGUGACGUAGGAGAAUGGAGCAUGGUGUCUCUUAUGAACACUAAUCAUACUAUUCAAUUAAAUGCUGUUAGCGAAACAUCCUGUUCAUCUACAAUAGAAAAGCAAAUGGUUGGCCCAUCGUCAAAUAUCAGUUUUACGCCAUUAACAGAUCAACCGAUCAGGCAACAAACAGAUUUGUUUGUUCUGACCAUUUGCACAAAUUUGACGUCUGAUCUCAAAACUGGCUACGUGAAUUUGAUAGAUGCAAACGAUGGAUCAAAAAUACUGCAGACAUUGAUGCCAUUUCGCGUUUCAACCACGGGUUUUCUGUCACAAAUAACUAUACCCGAUGUCGAUUUUCGUCUUAGUACAGUAGCUCAGUUGCAAGACAACACAACAGUUCAACGACAAGAAAAACAGAUUAUAACGCCAACAUCUAUUUCAUUGAGUGCUGACGAUCAGCCUUAUCUUGUUCUUCUCAAUAGUACACUCGCUAUGAAUUAUACACUUUACAAUUACCGUCAAAGUGAACUGACAAUAGAUCUUUAUGUGACCGAUACCAUGGGUCUCCUGCCGACGAGUACUAUUCUGAAACAAUACACCAUAGCCGGAUUGAGUAACGUAAGCGAUACAAUUGAAGUGAAUACAGAAAACGUUACUGAAAUGGAAAACUCCACUAUGCUGAUAGAUUCAGUUACGUUUAGUCUUACCGCACUCGACGACGAAUAUGGCCAGAUUGUAUCGGUGUAUAUCCAGUCA